UAUUACAAAUAUAAGGUUUGUCGAAGCGGUGCAAUCAAGCUGAACAAUGAGUUCAGGAAACCGGAAGGUCUCGUCGAGACGACGUGGUAUCAGCAAAACUUCAAUACAAAUGGGACAAUUGAAACGAAAUGUUUAAUGCUGUAUAGGAUGAAUGCUGGAAUCGUUUCAUCGUUUAAGCGACAAGGUGAUAUUGUCCAAAAGCGUACAGGACAGUCAAAUCGGGAAGGUCAUCCAACACGUAUCACCCAAAAACCGAAAAAAAACGUUACAACAUCAUCUGAACCAGAGACUUAUAGGAAGAAGACUACUACUGCUGGCAAUAAGGAAAACGAGAAAGACAUUGACGAACAUAUUGAUAACUUACGGAGAAACCUAAGUGCCGAAAAUGUCACUCCGAAUCAUCCGAGUGCUAGUCAAGUAUUCGGAUUGACGCCACUGGAACCAGUCGUAGCGGAUACUACAGGUCCCGUCACACCCAAAAACGUCAUGGAAAAAACGUAUAUGCCGCUAUUGCCGCGACUGCCAUUGGCGUACUCAAUAGGAUCUGCAGACCCCUCCAUAUGCGGAAGCGCUUGUAACAUUAACGUCUCCAAGUCGAACUGUUACCAGCCUUUCGAAAACUUUGCGCAGCCACGAUACGACAACGCAAUGCUUUGCGGAAACAGGUUUACUGAGCAACGUCAAUACGAAGCAUCAUCGGCAACGUGCAUCACAAUGUCUCGCUCUCCUGCAACAACCGUCGAUUUUCAGGACCAAUAUAUGGAUCUGCGGGAAGGACCUGAAAAUACUCGUCAAUCAAUGCUGAAAGACAUUCCUCAAUACAACAAUAACUCUACCCAUACCAUGCAAAACGACGAAAUACGGAUACUGCGAGAGAAAAUCGACAAACUCGUCACAAAGGAGGAGUACAAUAAAACUUUACUGGAGGUAACCGAAAAGCUACUAACCAAAGAUGAUUUGCAAAUGAUCAACAAGAAAUUGGAUAAAUUGUUACGAAAGCGAAUAAAUGUAAUACCUACAAAACCUACGUCGUUCCCUCUGUCGUCUGUGGAAGAAGUGAUAGCAUUCAAAAAUAUUAACGACGAAGAAUACGAAGCUGCUGUCGAUUAUUUGGCAUUUCUUGGGGAAAGAAAUGUCCACGAAGCCGUCAUCUUUUGCAUGAAGGAGUCAAUAUCAGACGUCACAAUUGGACACUAUUCGGCCUGGGGAGAACGGGGAAAUCGUCCAUUAUUCGAUACAAAAAUUAUCAAAGCCAUUUAUGAUGCCAUCGCUGUGAAUUUUCAACCACCUCCUAACCGCGAUUAUUUUUUUAAAGAAGUAUCUGAAGGUGUACGCUUUGGAAAGCAACGUACUCGGAACGUAGUCGUUAGAGAGGCGGCUGUUCGGAAUCCUGGCAUACGUGCUCGAAAUCGCCAAGCAGCCGACGUCAAUUUAAACGACGAUCGACGCGAACGCGAGGAGGAACUACAAGAAAGCGAAAGCGACAAUUAAGCGGAUGAUGUCAGUUGUUAUAAAUGAGACUGAUUAUAAAAAUCUUAUUUUAUUUUUUUAAAAGUUUAUAAUGAGUGAGAUUGAUUAUAAAAAUCGUUUUAUUUUUUAAAAGUUUAUAAUGACAUUGAUUAU